AUGGUCCGUCUUAGCCAUUCGACAUCAUAUUUCAUGCCAUUGUUUUGUUCAAAAAAUGCACAAAUUGUAAUAGUUUCGAGCUUUGUUUCCAUAUUUUUAUUCAUAUUCAUGUAUUGGACAUCAGAUUUAUUGUCCAAUCGAUAUAAUGAACCAGGCUUAUUCAAUCCGAAUUCUCAAGAUUAUUUCCGAACGUCUUUAUUGGGGUUGUUUUCACCCUUCCUAUAUUACUUCAUAAGGACAUUUUUAUUCAAUAUAAAUCAACGAUAUUUAGUUUUAAAUAUAAUUGUUGAUUUUCCCCUAAAUGAUUGGUUUAUGUUUUGUAUUUUAGUUACGUUAGCGUAUCCCCAAGUUCAAGAUCCAAAAUAUAAUCAAACAUUCAUUUCCAAUGGGAAUUUAUUUAAAUCAGGGGAAUAUUGGCAGAUUAUACCGAGACAGGCAUAUAUCUUUGGGAUAUCGUGGGCAUUGGGAGAAUUCAGUAUUGGAGUAUUAGAGAAUUUAUUUACAUAUCAAGAAAUACCGAAAGAUAAUUCAAAUGGAAAUGGUAUUAGUCAAAUUCAUAGUGAUAAUAUUGGCUCUCCUAUACUGGAUAGAAAGAAGAUAUCCUUAUCCAUGUGUGUAGAUGUAAGGCGGCAAUCGUCUAAGAUUUCUGAUAAUGUCUAUUGUUCGAAGUCAAACCAUGGCUAUGGUAGUUCAUCAACUUCUAAACUCCAUACAAAUGAUGGAAGCGUCAGUGCUGACGAAGAAAGCCCGAUUGUUGUGAUUAAUAGUGCUGAUAACUCUUUAAAGAUUAUUUCAAGUAAAUUAGAAGGACAAUCUUUGGCCGAUGCUUUCGAUGAUAAUACCAAUAUAGCUACUAAUGGGAAUCUCAAUGAUACUAUUGACAAUGAGUAUAACCCAAUUAAAUACUUCUAUCAAAUAACGAAGACGAAAGACUUUUUAUUUCAAUUAUUGCAAAUGUGCCUAAUUAUACUAGCGAAUAUAUUCCUACUUACGGGUGAAUCAUUAAUGAUGUCAAUUUAUUUCAUUUAUGUGCCAGGUCAUGAAGGUUUAUUCACUGCAAUUGUGAACUAUUUUGGGUUAAAACCAAUCGGACAUUUUUUAUUAGCUCUUGUUUUACCAUUUACGGCAGUUAAUUUCAUUGCUAACUUCAUGAUCUUCUAUUUUAAAGACUUAAAAGAUUGGUUUAAUGAUGCUAAGUAUAUUCAAGAAUUGAUGGUCAGCGAUAAUAAAAGGCCGGUGAAUAAUUCACAUACAUCAGAGUGGCCUCAAUUGGAGAGCGAGCCAUUAUUGUCAAUUGCGCAAAAAAAUACAUUUGCAAAUUUUGAUACAAUGUUUGCUGAUCCAAUAGGGCGUAGAUCAUCCAUAAUCCAACAAUACCGCAGUAAUAGUAUUAUUACCAGAGAGGAUGAUGAUGAGCAGCAAACUGGAGGGCUUUUAAAAAUAGCCAAGCGAAUAUUCAGAUUGUGGAAAAGAACAUUAUCAAAUGAUACAGCCGUAUUGAUUGCGACUGUUUUAUGGGGGAGUACUGUGUUCAUUACCGCAAUAUUAUUAGUUCUUGUUGUGUAA